AUGGCGACGACACCUCAAUUUUCUCUCUCAGACUAUAGCAAGUUCUUUUCUGCCGGUGCACUAUGCUGUACUCUAACGCACGGUGCAACCACCCCUAUCGAUGUCGUCAAAACCCGCAUUCAAGUGGAUAGCGCACUCAAAGGAUCCGGCAUGCUCGCAGCUGCUCGGUCCAUUGUCGCUGCAGAAGGUCCAGCUGUGCUCUUGACUGGUUUUGGCGCAACUGCAGCAGGCUAUCUUGUUCAAGGCGGUGCUAAAUUCGCUGGCUAUGAGUUUUUCAAAAAGACCUUUAUUGACUUGGCAGGCGGUCCAGAGGCUGCCAUGUCGAGUAGAACGGCCAUCUACCUCGGUGCAUCGUCCGCUGCCGAGUUUUUUGCAGAUGUCUUGCUCUGUUCACUUGAAGCGACCCGCAUCCGACUCGUCUCUGAGCGUGGUUUUGCAACGGGCCUCUUGCCUGGCUUUGCACGGAUUGCAAGGGAAGAGGGACUCAAGGGUUUCUACUCUGGCUUCAUUCCACUCUUGUGCAAGCAAGUACCAUAUGCAGUGGGUCAAUUCACUACGCACGAGUGGCUCAAUGAAGCCAUCUUCAAAGCGAUUGGCGAGGAACGUAAAGCGAAACUAUCGCAUGCUGAAUCAACACUCGUGGAAUUAACGUCUGGUAUCGGCGCAGGUGUCGUGGCAGCAGUCUUGUCACACCCAGCGGAUACCUUGCUGUCUAAAAUCAACAAGGGCAAAGGCGGCGAUGGAUCUGCUGUACACAAACUCGGUGUCCUUGCAAGAGAAACGGGUUUCAGGGGUCUUUGGGCAGGCUUGGGUCCGAGGAUUCUCAUGACUUCAUUCCUUGUGAGUGGACAAUUUGUUUUAUAUGCACAAAUCAAGACGGCACUCGGUAGUCCACCAGGUAUUGAGAUUCACGCUGCAUAG